GGAACUUUAGUCGCUCCUCCUUGUCAACGAGAACGGGCGGGAGUGCGGCCAUCUCUGCUGCCCCAUUGCGUUGCUCGAUAUAGCCAAGUGCGUAAACACAGUACCGUUCGUAGCGACGAAGAUGGUGGUCAAGGUCGGCAUCAAUGGCUUCGGCCGCAUCGGCAGGCUGGUGUUGAGGGCUUCCCUCAGUCAUCCCGAUGUUCAAGUUGUCGCCGUGAACGAUCCCUUCCUGGAUCCGGAGUACAUCGUUUAUCUCUUCAAAUACGAUACGGUACACGGCAAGUACAAGGGAGAGGUGGGUCUUUCUGCCGACAAGAAGCUUGUGGUCGACGGUAAGGAGAUCGCUAUCUUCGCCCUAAGGGACCCAUCUCAGAUCCCAUGGGGCCAGGCGGGAGCGGACUACGUUGUGGAAUCCACCGGAGUUUUCACAGACAAGGACAAGGCCGCGGCACAUCUCAAGGGAGGCGCCAAAAAGGUGGUUAUCUCUGCUCCUUCUGGCAAUGCCCCGAUGUUCGUCAUGGGCGUCAACGAGAAAUCUUACACGCCCGACCUGGACGUGAUAUCGAACGCCAGCUGCACCACCAACUGCCUUGCUCCUCUUGCCAAGGUCAUCAACGACAGCUUCGGCAUCGUCGAGGGUCUCAUGACCACAGUGCACGCUGUCACUGCCACGCAGAAGACCGUCGACGGGCCGUCUGGCAAGGAUUGGAGGGGCGGUCGCGGCGCCGGGUUCAACAUCAUCCCGAGCGGGACCGGCGCCGCAAAGGCAGUGGGGAAAGUCUUGCCUGUGCUGAACGGCAAGCUCACGGGCAUGGCUUUCCGUAUCCCGACAGCUGACGUGUCGGUCGUAGAUCUUACGGUGCGGCUGGAAAAGAGCGCCACGUACGACGAGAUCAAGGCGGUCAUCAAGAACGCCUCGGAGAACGAGCUCAAGGGCAUCUUGGGCUACACGGACGAGCAAGUGGUUUCCUCGGAUUUCAUCGGCGACACUAGAUCCAGCAUCUUCGACGCCAAGGCGGGUAUCGCUCUCAGCGGCAAUUUUGUCAAGCUCGUCUCGUGGUACGACAACGAGUGGGGAUACUCCAACCGUGUUGUGGAACUCAUUGAGCACAUUGCGAAGAUCGCCUAAGUAAAUAAUCAGAGGGUCAUCAGUAGUGACAGUCGGUCGGUAAUUCAAGGGCAAGACCGUUAAAUUUGAAAUCUCGAAUUCUGUUUUCCCCCUGUUUUUUCGGUGAAUUCGUUAGCGUUUUUUUUUUUUUUUUUUUUUUUUUUUCCCCGGAAUGUGGAGUAAUUAGAGUAAUAACCAGACCGGAUUGAGCUGAUCAAAAAAAAAACUUUUCUUUUUUGGCUGAUGUGUCUCUCUCUCGAUGAUAGAUGUCUGUUUUAGAUGAAUCCGAUUUCUCUUUAGCUGAUAUGUCGGUUAAACUAGUAGGAUGAGAUUCUUGACCUUCUUUCUCCGCAUUUUUUAUCGUCUCUGAAUGCUUUCGUGCCCGUCUCUCAUAACUUCUUUCUCGCUCUUUGAGUGAGCGAAUUGCCAGUGGACAAGCGUAUUUACUGUAGAGACUUUUGCUUGCGUACAAGGAAGGGUAAGAUCACCUUAUGAAUGGUGGCGUCAAAUUGCCAGGCCUUCGAAUGGGCAGCGUAGUGUACUGCGUUCUAGCUUACUGUAGUGGUGUAGAGAAUGGGCGUGGAUGGUCGCGCUGAGAGGAGUGGGCGACCUAUCGAGCAGGUGUCCGCGUGUUUUCUAAAUUAAAAUUUGCCUU